GAGCCGCUGCCCGCCGACCACCCGCUCCUCGGCUGCCCGGGCUUCAUCGGCACGCCGCACAUCGGCGGAGCGACGCGCGAGGCGCAGGACCGCGUCGGGCUGCAGAUCGCGGCGGCGGUGCUGGCCGUGCUGGAUGGGAGAGUGCCUGAGGACGGUGUCGUCGGUGUCGCCUGA